UUUUACCUGACACAAUAAACAACUGUUGUUCCGCCGAGUAUGAAGAGCGUGCGGUCCCCGAGACGCGACGUUCAAUCCUCGUGGGUUUCUUUCGGUAUUACCUGUGCGUCGUAUCAGUCGGAAGCAUGAACUCGCUGUGGACAGACGCCAGAGAAGAAAUUCUGGUUUGAACGAAAUCGCAGAAAUUUUUAUCCCACGGAAUGUGUUAGCCAUUGCUGCAUCGGCGACGAUGCACGUACUCUCGUGUUCCGCAAUUUCCAGCGGAUGUGCGGGAUAUUGGUCCGUAUGACCUUGUCGGGAACGCGAAGUUCAUUAGUUCGAGUGUGUAUAAGAUGCAUUUGAUAUAGCAUAUUUCGAAUUCCUCGCGGAGACGCUGCGAAGAUCCUACGUUUCCGCUGCGGAAAAGUGGUUAAUCAGUGAUAACAAGGCUUACGUUCGUGCGCCCGUCGUAAAAUGGUUUUAAAUCGCAACGACAAGAGAAAGAAAAAAGAGGGAGAUCUGGUGGAUCUUAUGGAACCACUUUCAGAAUCUCCGAAAAGAACCAAAGUUCACGCGCAAAGAAAAUUUGCACAGGGUGCAAGUACAUCGGCGUUUAACACAUCACCCACACCCGCUAAGGAUAAAGAGAAAGUAAAGCCACCGCAGGUUACAGAAUUAAUAACGCACAAGCGUCCGAAUACGGAAGACUUCUUAACAUUUCUAUGCUUUAGAGGAACGUCUAUUUUGCCACCCAGUUUGAAUUUCUUCAACUAUAGCACGACAAAAAAUAACCUGACACCUAGGUCCAGUAGAUCUGUACCAGUUCAUACUCCCAUAGACAAGUUGCUUUCUACCGCUGCUGAUGCUGCCCCAGGGACUUCGAAGCAAGAGACGUGUCAGAAGAACGUGACGAAAGUGAAGCCGGUUGUCCCGGUGAAGAAGAAGAUACCUAGUACGAUACAUAAAAGCAUCAGCAAGCUGAAAACAGCCACGUCUACCGUUCAAGCGCUUAAGAAGAAAUAUCAGGAGCAACGUCUCGCUAAGCAGAGGAUAGAGAACAAAUUGAAAGCCACUUGCGUUAUGAGAACAAGGUCGUGUACGGAGAGAACUACGUUGAGUAGCGAGGUGAAGUUGCCGCCGGAGAAGUACCUGCCUCGAAUCGAGACUAAGAGACAUGGUUUGAGAAGCGGUUUGCUGCUGGAUAAAACGAGCAAGCUUCUGCCGAAGACGAAGGACGCGCCUGCCAAGCCGAAGAGAAGGGUUAACUUAAGAUCGAGGAACAGCGAUACCUCGAAUACAGAUGAGUCGUCCGAGGAGGAGGAGGACGACGAGGAAGGGAACGAGGUGGAUGAGUCGCAGUCGGAGAAGGCGACGCAGUCCCAGGUGAAACGCAACGUGCAGAAGAGCAUUCAGAAGAAGAUCUGCACCAGAAGCAAGUCCGACUUGAGGAGAGUCACGAGGUCGUACAGCGGCACGAUCUCCCCGAAGAAUCUCUCGACGAGGCCCACCAGGAAGACCAAGGAAGCGGCCGCCGUGUACAUGGAGAUCCUCGGGAGGAAACUGGUGAGCCCGGAGAUCGAGAACGACGAUAACGUUUCGGUCGAGAGUUUCCCCGAGCUACCGAAUGCCCGUAAAGUAACGCAGACGGAGAGCGACGUCAAGGCGAAAGCGACGACGAAGCAGACGACUGCGGGCAGAACCGUCGGCAGGAGCAAGGAUUUGAAGGCUGCUGAUUCCGACAACGGUAACAAGCGAUUGGACAAAAGCAACACCGACAAGGUGAUACAGCUGAAGAGCAAGCGUAUCAUAAGAGUGCAGAGAUACUGUGAGGAGGACAGCGAGGAGGAGUCCGAGAGUUCGGUGGAGAUGAGCAACACGAGGCCCAUCACCCGGCAGAGUCUCGGCAAACUCGAGAAGUCGGCCGACCGAUCGGUCAGCAGGAGUCUCAGAUCAUCUUCCAAGAACACGCCCGUACCGCCGGAGGAGCCGAGCGUUCCGAGCAACAAGCCGAAGGUUCCGGUUCAAAGUUGCGCGAAGCCCGCCGGCGAGAAGCCGUCGGUGGUGAAGCGCAAACGGGAUCAGAGCGUGCCGAAGACAUCGUCGUCAGCCAACGGUCCUAAACCGAAGAGCUUGAAGAUCGAGCAAAACGAGGACGCGGAAUCGGAGGAGGAGACGCUGGGGAUGCUGCUGAGCAAGAUGAAGAAGAAGAAGGAGAGCAACGAGGAGAAGGAGCAGGUCGCCGAGGAUAUUGUCGUCGAUACGAAGGACGACGCGGCGACGAAACCCGGCGAGGCGCAGAGUACGAAGAUGGAUCUGUCGAAGGUGUCGGACGAUGAGGAGUCUUUCCGCGGAUUCACCAAGAAGGCGAUAUCGAAGGUCUUGGACUCGUGUCAGACGCACGCCAACGUCAAUCUGCUGGUCGGCGAGAAGCUCAGCUACGCCAAGAUGCUGGACAUGACCGAGGCUGAGCAAGGCGCGAGUUCGCAGAAGCCCAAGGAAGAAGUGCCACUAGUCAAUGCCGACGUCUCCGUCGCGAGCUUGCCGAACGACGAGCGCGGCAACAGGGUGUCCGUGCCGAAGCCGAAGUCGACGAUAGACUCGUCCCACAAGACGACCCACGACUCGUCGUCGUCGACCGGUCAGACGAGCAAGAAGUGCAAUCACGAGGACGAGGUCUCCCCCGAUCUCAUGGAGAUGCCGUUGUCGGCUCUGCCUCACACCAGGAAGGAACGGGUGAACAUGUCGACCGAGCGGAUAGAGAAGUGGUUGAACGAGAGCUCGCUCGCCAAGGAGGAGAGCAAGCUGGAGAUGGAGAACGUCUCCAUAUUCAGGUACGACUCCGGCGAGAAACUGAAGACGGACGUCUCGCACCUCUCCAUCCCGACGAAGAUCCAGCACCUGGUGCGCCCGGUCAACGUCACGCUCUCCAAGCUGAUGGACAAGACCAGCCUGAAGGAUCGCUUGAAGAUGCUCAACAAGAGCGCGAUACUGCUCAAGCCCGACACGGUGCACACCGGCGAGGCCGGCAAACCGCCGGCUAUCGUUAGCGCCACCAAGAACAGCGUCUACACCGACGCGAAGCCAAGCGUCUCCCCCGUCGAGGACAACGAUCCCGGCGGGAACAAGGUCUGCGCCGACGCGAAGCCAGCCACCUCCAUCGAGGACAGCAAGACCUGCGUCGACGCGAAGCCGAGCACCUCCCCAGUCGAGGAAAACGAUGCCGGUAAAGGCAAGACUUGCACCGAGGCGAGGCCGAGUACCUCCUCCUUGGCCUCCGAGGAGAAAGACACCGGUAAGAGCAAGCUCGUCUGCACCGAGGCGAAGCCAGGUGUCUCCCUCGCCGAGGAGACGAGGGACGACACCGCGUCGAAGUUGGAUCCGAAGGAAGAAAGCCCCGCGGAAAGGAGGAAGGAAGAAGAGAAGAAGUCGUCGACGGAGAAGAAGAUAUUUCAACCGCGCAAACCGUUUUUACCGAAGGUCAAGGAACGCAAGACCGUGACCCCGAACGCGAACGCGUUCUCGCCGGAGAACGAGAGCAGCGUGUACGCGUUCGAGAGCGACACCGAAGUGCCUAUUAGCACACCCUUCAGGAGGAAAGUCAGGGAGACCGCGAAGUCGAUUACCAACAAGCCGGUCGUGAGAUCGAUCGUGACGUUGAGCUCGAUCAACAAGCCGGCCGUCGGGCAGAUCAUGACGUACAACCCGAAGCCGACCGCGGUGGUGCCGGCGGUAACGUCCACGGUGACGUCCGCGGCAGCGUCCACCUCGAGGUCCGCUAUGGUGUCCACGGUAGAAUCGACGGUAGCGUUCACCAGAACGUCCACGGUGACAUCCACGGUGGUGUCCACGGUGGCGUCCGUGGUUAUCUCCACGGUGACGUCGACGGUGACGUCCACGUCCAAGGCAGAUGAGACGGGCAAGCCGAUCGUCAAGGAAAGCCCUCCGAGCAGCAUCAGCGAGCAGUCGACGAGCACGAUCGAGGCGCCCGCGCUGAAGAGCCAGGAGAUCACGGCCGAGCCGAUAACCGUGGCGGACACGGCCCUGGACUUGAACAAGUUCAACCUCGGCAUGGCCAACAUUCAGGUGUUGCCGCUGAACAAGCUGAUGACCAACUGGAGCAACGACAGCUCCUCCAUCGCGGUGCAGGUGAAUCUGGGUAAGAGCAAGCAGGAGCAGCAAACGGAGACUGACAGGCAGGAGAAGGAGAAGCAGGGGAACGACAGGCAGGGGAAGGACAAGCAGGGGAAGGAGAAGCCGGGGAAGGACAAGCCGAAGAAGGAGCCGAGUCAGCAGCAGCAGAAGAGCACCGAGAUAUCCACGCAGACGGAGACCAGCAAUGACGAGGAGGAGCAGUUGUUCUACAUACCGUUGCAGGCCAUCACGAGGUCCGGCCCGAACCUGCAGAGACGGCAAGUGAUACAGGGGGUGGCCGUUAAGCUCGGCACGGAGGGACGGGUCGGUUCCAACCAGAGGGUGCUCCUCCGGGCGAAAUUGGUCACCAAGUCGCCGUUGUCCAUAGCGCACCACCCGACGCCGGUGGGAACGGUGCAGCCGACAACGCGCGCCCCGCCCAGUUCCGCCCCGGGUGAAGAAGAGAACGUGUCGUCGACGACGCCCUCGUUCGUUAAGAUGGCGGCCACCACGUCGGCUUCGGUAGCCAUCGCGUCGGUCGCGACAACGUCGCUCGCGCCGGCUAAGAUGACGACGACCGUUUCGACCAAGGUGACGACGACGACGACGAUGACCACACCGGUGGUAGCGACCACGUCGAGCGUGGAGGCCGCGCGACCGGUGUCGCCGGCGAAAAGUGACGUGUCGAAUUCGACUCGUAGCAGCGUGAACAUGUACAAUAGUUUAGAGAAGCUCAGGAGGUCCCCGAAGUCGUCCAGGGAGAGAAAGGCUUCCGUGGAUUCGGCGAAAAGCGGAAAAAGAGCGAAGUACAAGCUGAAAGGAUCCGAGUCAUCCUCUGCAAGCAAUAAUACGACAUACUCGAACAUUAAGGACGCGUACGAUGAGUACAGCUUUGUGCCUCAGGCGCCGACGUUCCGUCCGUCGGAGAAGGAGUUUUUGGAUCCUAUGGAAUAUAUAAACAAAAUAAGACCAACCGCCGAGAGGUUUGGAAUAUGCAAGGUCGUGCCCCCGGCGAAUUUCAAACCAGAAUGCAAGGUGUCUGAUGACAUGAGAUUCACCGCUUACAAUCAAUAUGUACACCGCAUGCUUUACAGAUGGGGCCCAAAUGUGAAAGAACUGAUGGCUAUCAAGAAAUAUUUAGCUACCCAAAGUAUCACCUUGUCUCACCCACCAUGGAUCGGUGGUAUGGAAGUCGAUUUGCCUCACCUAUAUCAAACGGUCCAAAGCUUAGGUGGAUUGAAGGAGGUCAUAGAGAAAAAGAAGUGGCAGAAGGUGGCAGAUGGCAUGAAGAUACCCAAAUCCGCGCAAGAUCGUGUCACUAAACUAGAUGAUAUUUAUUGUAAAUAUCUGUUACCGUACGACACGUUAUCUCCAGAGGAACGUGAGAAACUGUUCAACGAGGUCGAAGAGGAAUGGCUGAAGAAGGAAAGCAAAGCCUUGGAACGACAAGAAACGUCGUCCACCGAUAACGACGAAGAGGAGGAGGAAGACGAAAGUUCGGACGAGAUUGAGGAGUGCAUUGUGAAAGGGAGAAACAUGCCGUUGAAUGCCUUCUACCGAAUCGCACGUAACACGCAACGCAUGUGGUUCGGUGAAAAUCAACGAGGCGGCAACAACGAAACCGAAGGCGCCUCCGCACUGGAAGUGGAGAGUGCAUUUUGGAGACAUGUCGUCGAGAGGAAACGGCAUGUGUGCGUGCACGCGGCGAGUAUCGAUUCGAGCGGACGUGGAUUCGGCUUCCCCGUCGCCAAGAACAGUCCAUUCGCCAGACACUCGUGGAAUCUCAAGGUGCUCACUAACAACGCCGGAUCGGUAUUGAGAGCUUUGGGUCCAGUGAUGGGUGUAACUGUGCCAACGCUGCACGUAGGUAUGUUAUUCAGCGCUUGCUGCUGGUACCGGGAUCCUCACGGUCUGCCGUGGAUCGAAUAUCUGCAUACGGGCGCGAAGAAGAUCUGGUACGGGAUACCGGAUGAGCACAACAACAAUUUCCGGGAGGCGCUCUCGAAGAUGGUGCCGCAAUAUUGCAAAAAUAAAACGAUAUGGCUACCAUCCGAUACCGCCAUGGUACCGCCGAAAUUACUGAUAGACAACGAUGUACCCUUAUGCCAGACUGUGCAGGAGCCAGGACAGUUCAUAAUCGUCUUCCCAAAAGCGUUCACGUCGAGCAUAUGUACCGGUUACGUGGUAUCCGAAAGUGUAUAUUUCGCGCAACCAUCCUGGUUAGAAACCGCCGAGCAAGUGUUCAAGGAUAUACAAGACAGUUGCGAACCCUCUAUCUUUUCAUUCGAGAGAUUGCUAUUUAAUAUUAUUAAUGAUCCGAGAUAUACUCAGCUAGAUAUAUUGAAACAGAUACUGCCAAGUGUCCUAAGGAUUCAUAACAGAGAAUUAGAGUAUCGUAAACAGCUAGAAGACCUGGGCCUUAACAAGAAAGAAAGAGUGCCUCUACCAGGUAGAAAGAAGAAGAAGAAGGGGAAGAAGGUGAAAGAGGACGACGAUGAUUACGAAUGCGAGACGUGUAGAGCCAAUUUAUUCGUGUCAAUAGUGACCAAUACGCAAGAGGACACUUUUUACUGUCUACCGCACGCACUGGAAUUACUCAAUCGUAAAAAGCAACUUUUGAAGCAUUGCGUCUUAAUGUAUACGUACAAUGAAGACGAAUUGGACGAAUUGAUUAAAAAACUAGAGCAGAAGAUCGAAGCCAAAACUAAAAAGACUAAUCAAAGCAAACAAACUAAGUAAAAUAGACAAAAAUCUGUUAUCAUAUUUAUUUAUAAUAAAUAUAACAUCGUUAUAGUAAUAAGGUGUCUAUAAUAAUAUGUGGAGAUUCUCUGAAUAUAUAUGUGUGUGUGUAUGCAGAAAAUCUCUAUAUAUUGUUAUAGAUAUCAUAAUCAUUAUAGUGAAUAUCAUUAUAAUGAAUAUUAUUUUAAUGAACAUAAAAGAGAUUGUUUUUUUAAUAAUAUAUAUUUAUUAUCAAUAUUAGGGCAGUAUCGUAAUGCGCAUAAUAUAAGGAAACAUAAUCGUAUUAUGAAGUGAAUGAAAUUUAUCUGAUAAUAAAUUCUUCUCAUUGACAAUGCUCCGAGGAGAACCGGCAUUUGUACUUUUUAAUAUUCUUGGUGAUAUUUACAGUUACUAUAAAUUACGCGUCUUUUUAUAUAGCUACGCUUUUAGGUUUUAAAUGCCUCUUCUCUUCCUGUACAUCAAUCGUAGUAUAUCCCGCUUAUCGUAUUGGAAAUUGUUUAUAAAAUUUCGACUUAUUUAGGCAUAUAGUAGGACAAUACGAAAAGUUGUAUAAAAGGUUCGAAUUUUUUCGUAUAAUUUGGUCGGAAAUUUUAAAUAAUGAAGGUAAUUAUUAUAUAUAGAUAUUGUAUCUAUAUAAUACAUUUGUUGCAUAGUUUCCAAAAAGUACCAUUGUGCAUAUCCCUGUUGAAAAUUUCCAGGUGGAUUUCCACGGAAAUCCAUGUAAGAAUCCGUGCAGAAUAAUACAAAUUCACGUAGGAAUCCACGUAGUAUAUAGAAAUCCACAUAGGAAUCUGCAUGGUCUGUGAAAAUUCAUAUAGGAAUCCACGUGGAAUUCCUAUCUAAGACCUGGGUUUUUGGCGCAAAUCUCUAGGAGCAACCAUGGAAUUCCACGUGGAUUUCCUAUAUGGAUUCCCACCUGGUUUUUUUUUUCAAUGGGGAUUACUAAAAUGUUAGAGCAAAAUAUUAGAAUGAAAUUCCAAAGAAGCGAGAAAAUCGCGCGCGCGCACGUGUGUAUCCGCUAUAUAAAUUUAGUUUUUAAAAUUUAUAUAAUAACGAGGUGAUCUUGUCUACUAACUAGAUUGUAAUUUAGCAUAACUGCCUGACAGAGUGACAUAAUAUAUACGAUUUUUUUAUA